AAAAAAUAAAAAAGUUUAUUCAUUUACAGUAACCAUCCAUUAAUUAACGAUCCCCAAUAUACUAUUCAUCGGCUACACUACUAUUUCUUAUUUGUAAUGGUCUUAGAACAUGUUAAAAAUUCUAAUACUUUCACUUCGGUUACGUGUCCUUGUUGAAUAUUCCUGCUAUGGAAAAGGGUGUAACAAAUCGAAUAAAAAAUUCUAGAAAUAAUUAUUAGUCACAUUACUUUCUGUUCAUGGCGUAGAGUAUCAUGUGAUAUCUUGCAAUGGAAACGAAAGAAGAAAAAAAAUAAAUGAGUGAAAAAGCUGUCGGUAUUGAUUUAAGAACGUCAUAUUCCUGUGUUGGUGUUUGGCAAAAUGAUAGGGUUGAAAUUAUUGCCAAUGAUCAUGGUAAUCGUACAACACCGUCAUAUGUCGCUUUCACUAGAAAUUCUUAUUGGAGAAGCGGCCAAAAAUCAAGCUGUUAUGAAUCCACAAUUUCUUUAGUAGUAAUAAUGUUGGUGAUAGCGGUAUUUAUGCUUGCAACUAUGUUAGCAGGUGGAUUUUAUGUAAGACAUUUACCAACCGGCUUAACUUGGUUAAAAUAUUUUUCAUACAUAAGAUACUCGUAUUCUUUGCUUUUGCAAAUUCAAUUUGAUUCACCGAAAGUUCAAUUUAGAUGUGCUAGACCAGGAGAAUUACCUGCCGGAGAAUUAAGUAUGUGUGACACAGGAGACGAUGUUCCAAUGUCAAGUAUUCCCGGUAUUUCUAUAAUAGAGAAUCUAGGAUUAAAUGAUUUACCUUGGUAUACUAACCUAAUAGUAUUAUUAGGUUUCUGUAUUGUAGUGCGUGUUCUUGCUUAUUUUUCAUUACGUAAAAACAGUAGGAGAAACAAAGAAUAAUAAUAAUAGUUAUAAUAAU